AUGACCGUUACGUAUGGCGUGACGGGGACGACCACUGACGGAGGAGGAUCCGUAAACAAUGGUCGGAGAGUGCUCAUGGCGAAAACCGAUUCGCUGAGCAAUGUCAACAAUAACAACAACAGCACCAGCGUCAAUAACAACAACGGAUCGGCGUCAAUCACGGGCAAGGCGUCCGUGUUGAGCGUGAGGCGCGUGCUGUUCGGGCCGCCGGCCGAUCCGGCGGAGACGCGGGCGUGGCUUGAUAGACAAUUGUAUGCGGCCACCGCGGCCGAUUCGCGGUCGUGGAACUUUGAUUUCGUUAACGAACGUCCGUUGCGUGACAGCCCAGCCGACCGUUACGCGUGGGAACGCGUCUGUCCACCGAAGCGUCGUGAGGAGUCGGCCGCAGGGGACUCUACGACCACUGCGACAGCACAACAACAGCAGCAGCAGCAACAACAACAACAGCAAGUUUGCAGCCGAACGGCCGUCAAGCAGCAGCGACAGUCUAAAGUCACAGAUUUCAUGAGCAAGACCAAGAAACGACCGUUGAGCUCUUCUGGCAGGACUCUGCGCUCGAACAACAAAGUCUUGGACGAAUCUGAAUCGGCGAACAAGCGGAGUCGCCGAUCGGUCGCGACGACGACGACGACAACGACGACGAUGAUGGCUAUCUAA